ACAGCCAGGUGUCCCGGCGCUCUGAGGCCCCCAGGGUCAGACGUCCCUGAGCUGGCUCUCUCAUUGACACUAGGCUACCCGGAGGCUUCGGCUGGGACGUUUUUUGUGGGGGAGCCUUCAGAGCUGCCGCGAUGGCCAGCACCAGGAGUAUUGAGCUGGAGCACUUUGAGGAACGGGACAAAAGGCCGCGACCAGGGUCGCGGAGAGGGGCGCCCAGCUCCUCGGGAGGCAGCAGCAGCUCGGGCCCCAAGGGGAACGGGCUCAUCCCUAGCCCGGCGCACAGUGCCCACUGCAGCUUCUACCGCACGCGGACCCUGCAGGCUCUGAGCUCAGAGAAGAAGGCCAAGAAGGCGCGCUUCUACCGGAAUGGGGACCGCUACUUCAAGGGCCUGGUGUUUGCCAUCUCCAGCGACCGCUUCCGGUCCUUCGACGCGCUGCUCAUAGAGCUCACUCGCUCCUUGUCGGACAACGUGAACCUGCCCCAGGGUGUCCGCACCAUCUACACCAUCGACGGCAGUCGGAAGGUCACCAGCCUGGACGAGCUGCUGGAAGGUGAGAGUUACGUGUGUGCAUCAAAUGAACCAUUUCGUAAAGUUGAUUACACCAAAAAUGUUAAUCCAAACUGGUCUGUGAACAUCAAGGGUGGGACAACACGAGCCUUGGCUGCUCCCUCCUCAGUGAAAAGUGAAGUGAAGGAAAGUAAAGAUUUCAUCAAACCCAAAUUAGUGACUGUGAUUCGAAGUGGAGUGAAGCCUAGAAAAGCGGUGCGGAUCCUUCUAAAUAAGAAGACUGCUCAUUCCUUUGAACAGGUGUUGACAGACAUCACCGAAGCCAUUAAACUAGAUUCGGGAGUGGUGAAGAGGCUCUGCACACUGGACGGAAAGCAGGUUACUUGUCUGCAAGACUUUUUUGGUGAUGACGAUGUUUUUAUUGCUUGUGGGCCUGAAAAAUUCCGUUAUGCCCAAGAUGACUUCGUCCUGGAUCAUAGUGAAUGCCGCGUCUUGAAGUCCUCUUAUUCUCGCUCCUCAGCUGUCAAGUAUUCUGGAUCUAAAAGCCCUGGGCCCUCCCGACGCAGCAAAUCCCCAGCUUCAGUAAAGAGGGGUGGACACCACUCCGGUGCCUACUCUGCAGCCAGAUCCCCAGUUAAUGGAACUCCCAGCAGCCAGCUGUCUACUCCUAAAUCAACAAAAUCUUCUAGCUCUUCUCCAACUAGCCCAGGAAGUCUCAGAGGAUUAAAGCAGAUUUCUGCACACGGCAGAUCUUCUUCCAAUGUAAAUGGUGGACCUGAACUUGGUCGUUGCAUGAGUCCUGAAGGUGUGAAUGGAAACAGGUGCUCUGAAUCAUCAACUCUUCUUGAGAAAUACAAAAUUGGGAAGGUUAUUGGUGAUGGGAAUUUUGCUGUAGUCAAAGAGUGCAUGGACAGGUCCACUGGAAAGGAAUUUGCCCUGAAGAUUAUAGACAAAGCUAAAUGUUGUGGAAAGGAGCACCUGAUUGAGAAUGAAGUGUCAAUCCUGCGCAGGGUGAAACAUCCGAAUAUCAUCAUGCUGGUUGAGGAGAUGGAAACAGCUACUGAGCUCUUUCUAGUGAUGGAACUGGUCAAAGGUGGAGAUCUCUUUGAUGCAAUUACCUCUUCAACCAAGUACACUGAGAGAGACGGCAGUGCAAUGGUGUACAACCUGGCCAACGCCCUCAGGUAUCUUCAUGGCCUGAGCAUUGUGCACAGAGACAUCAAGCCAGAGAACCUCUUGGUGUGUGAAUAUCCCGACGGAACCAAGUCCUUGAAACUAGGAGAUUUUGGGCUGGCCACUGUGGUAGAAGGUCCUUUAUAUACAGUCUGUGGCACACCGACUUAUGUGGCUCCAGAAAUAAUUGCUGAAACUGGCUAUGGCCUGAAGGUGGACAUUUGGGCAGCAGGCGUGAUUACAUACAUACUUCUCUGUGGGUUCCCACCAUUCCGGAGUGAGAACAAUCUUCAGGAGGAUCUUUUCGACCAGAUCUUGGCUGGGAAGCUGGAGUUUCCAGCCCCCUACUGGGAUAACAUCACAGACUCAGCAAAGGAAUUAAUCAGUCAGAUGCUUCAGGUAAACGUCGAAGCUCGGUGUACUGCGGGAGAAAUCCUGAGCCACCCCUGGGUGUCAGAUGAUGCCUCCCAGGAGAAUAAUAUGCAAGCUGAAGUAACAGGUAAACUCAAACAGCACUUUAAUAAUGCGCUCCCCAAACAGAACAGCACCACCACCGGGGUCUCGGUUAUCAUGAACACGGCUCUAGAUAAGGAGGGGCAGAUUUUCUGCAGCAAGCACUGUCAGGACAGCAGCCAACCUGGGAUGGAGCUGACCUCUCCAGCCCCUCCCUCAGCUGAGGAGCCUCCUGUGUCCGUGCCACCAGCCCCGGCCCCUGCCCCUCCGGAAUCACCCACACCCCCCUGCCCCCCUGCCGCUGCGGGCUGUGAGCGGGCCGGGACCUGGCGCCGCCACCGUGACUGAGCCCCGGGCAGACGGGCUGGAGCCCGCCACACCGCUGGAAAGCCCCUCUUCUGCCCGGGCUGCCGCGCAGUCCACUCGCUGAAGAGGCUUUCUCCGCUGCCUGUCCUCCAGAAGGUUGCUGGCACCCCCAAGGCCGCCGGGAGCCAGGAGCUCUGUGCCAGGGGCUGGCUUCUUUCAUACUCUGGGCUCUGCCCUCUAGUUCCUGGAGGGUCCUAUGCAGUGUUAGCCUUGGUGACAGAAAUUCAGAGAGGCUCAUUUGAAGUUGAUGGUUUUUUGUUUUUUGGGUUUUUUUUUUUUUUGGUUCAAUGGACAUUUUCAGUGUCACCAAGAGAAUGUGCAACUUUUAUCUGGGAUUUAAUGCAUUUUUAUAGAAACACUUUGGAUGAACCAAGAUCUCUCCCCUAUUUAAGUAAACUCGGAGUGUUCCUUUUUUUCUUACGAGAACUUAGAACUGCAUUUGUCCCUUUGCGGGUGUCCUGUGAGAGGUGACACGGCUCCUUCCUCUGCUGAUGGGGUUUGGAGGACUGGCUUUCUGAUGGGAGAAUUGAGCAUCCAAGAGGACAGUCUGGUCACUGGACACUAAUUCCAGACUUUGAGAAGUGCUUUCUGGUGCCUGAGGAAGCAGCCUACCAUGUAUAGCUUGGGGUGCUGGGCUUACCUGAGAUGACACUGGAUAUUUAUUUGUACACAGACCCCAGGGGAAAGUCAUUUUGUUCCCUCAACGUGUGUGUUCUCCCGCUAACUCUUCCCCCAUAUGUAUUAGGAAAUGCUAACGAAGUUGUCCUUUGGCCUUUUUCAUGAAAGGCUUGGCGCAUGCAGCUUUCCCUGGGCCAAGGUGGCUGCUUCUCAGUAAGUCGGCUUCUAGAGAGCAGGCAUCUGAGCAGCCACCAGAGUCUCCAUCACCUGUUUGUCAUCUGGAGCUGACCGGAAACAACUGAGGAAACCUGGGCCGAGGCCCAGGCAGGACUGGGGCAGGGAGGUGCUCCGCAGACAUCCUCUGUUAUUAACCUUCUGGAAGGCUGCUGGCAGUUUUUCCUUUUUUCCCACUACCCUGCCCUUUUUAAUCAUUGUACGUAAUCAGUAGAUUUGUUUUACCCACUCAUCCCCUAAACUGGUGGGCCCUGUAGUUCAUUCUAAUUGUUAGACUUUUGCCUCUUACCAGUGUACCUAACCUGCAAUAAACCCUUCUUGAGAAAAAACGCUGGGGGUGGGCAAAGGAUUGUGUGGUGGUGUCUUGCGGGGGAUGUGUGAUCAGAGCACACCGCCUUGCCCCAGGAUCUGGCAGAUGUACCCUUGUCUGGUGAGGAGGGGAGAAGAGCACAUGAAAAUGCAUCUUGGUCUAAGUGUAUUUGGUAACAGGUGCAGAAACCCACAACAAAAGCUCAGGAAUAAAUAGGGAUUAUUAGCACACAGUGGAGGAAUCCUGUGGAACCAACGGUAGGAAGGUCAGGCUCUAUAGGAAAUGGGGAGUCCGGGCAGCUGUUCCCGUGUCUCCUGUCACUGUCUCUGACUCAGAGGCUGUGUGGUCUCCUGUCGGCUGCUUUGGGUGCAUCUCGGCUCCUGGUUUCUGUUCUCUCCUAACACCUGCUCACCUACCGCUCUGGUGUAGCCCGGUGCUGCUUCUGUCCCCAGCUUCUCGAGGCUGCCCAGCUGCAGGCCUAGAGACUAUCUCCUUCAGCCCUGGAUCGCUUCAUUCACACUGGUGAAGGAUUGAGACCAUGUGCCUGUUCUCAGGUACGCGAUGAUUUCUCCCUGGGCUGGUGCUGGCUCAUGAUUCGAUCCGGAGGCCAGUUAUAAAACACAGAUGGGCUUCCCAGGCCCACAGCUGCAGCAAGUACCAGCCUCAGGAGGAGGGCAGUUUCCCAAAAGCUGUGAUGUACCGACCUAGACCCUUCUGCAUGUCUCUGUCCUCACUGAGAAGUUCAAGAGCAAGCCUUUUCACAGCUUCCAGUGGAAAUAUUUUUGUUACUGGAAGGAAAGGCCUCAUGUAAAGGAAAGAACACAGAAGUAGGGAUGGAGCAUGGCCUCUGGCAGUGAUCAGAGUCUGAAAUCCGAGCUCCUUCCAGGGACUGAAAUCCAAAGGCAUUUGCUAACAACUUAAGAAUGUAAUUGCCAAGGCAGCGGUCAUGGUCGAUAAGACGAAGGAGCAUCUUCUGUUCUGCACAUGUUCCCACCCUCUGCGUCCCCCUCACGUGGCCUGGGACUUGGGGGAGGAGGCCUGGAGACAGGAAGCGGUGUGAGCAGGUGUGACAGCUUGGCCUGGUGUUCCCUCUAGGAUUCUCGUAAUCCCACAGACACCUCGAGUGACGUGUGCUGGUAACGGAGCAAACCAAGCAGUGAGGUGACAUGAUCCAAGUCACAGGAUCGGCAGGGGACAGAGUCACCAGGCAGCUUUAUGUUCUUCCAUCUCAGUGCUCUUUGGAGGUUCCUGUCCCCAGGGUGGGGGUGGGAAGCCAGGGGGAGGUGGCCAAGACCUGGAUAUAGUGGUCAUCUGAGCAAGGAUCCUUAAUAAAGGCUCUGACUCUACAGGCAAGUUGUUCAUUUACUUGUGUGCUUGGAAAACAUCCAUUGAGUUCUGUUCUCAGAACUCAGGUUAAAUACAGGUAUAUAAUUGCUAGGUUCCUCCACUCCUGCACGGUGAGAAUAGCCUGUCCUCGUUAGGUGUUCAUUCCCUUACUCCAGCCAGGGGAUCUGCAGCUACAGAAACUGGCCUUUGAAGGGGUAGAAAAAGAGGAGCAGGGUGCCUGCCGGGCUCGACGUCUGGGCCAUGAGUCAGGCCGGGUAUCUCUUUUUUCAAAAGGCUUGCUGUAAUAUGGAAAUACAUGGAAUAUAUGGAUUGAAAACAUUCGGCAAAACUCCCCCCAAAUAUCUUCAUGGAUAUGACUGUGAAAUGGGAAUUUGAAAACAGCGAGGACAGUUCAGCACAGACCGUGUGGAAAGAGAAAAGGGUGCCGAUGUAUGGUGCUGUGGAGAAAGUUCUAGAACAGUGUGCUGCCUCCUGGAAACGUGGUGUCAAGUUCCCAUUUUCUGGUGCCACAUUGAAAAGAAAUGGGUGAAAUUAAUUUUGUAGUAUAUUUUAUUUAACUCAGUGUCUUUACAGUAUUAUUUGAACAUGCAACCAAUGUUAACAAAAUCUUGGACAUCUUUUUUUUUAAUCGUUGAAAUCUACUGUGCAUUGGCAUUUACAGCAUGUCUUUGCUUGGGAUGGGCACAUUGUGAGUGGUCGGAGCCCACGUAGCCACGCCGGCCACUGCAGCUCUAAAGAAAAACCACGGCUCUCCAUCUUUGUUGCUCUUUUUUUGUUUUGUUUGUGCCUAUGGUGUGAAUGACGGUGUAGAAAGAAUGCUUCUCCAGCCUUUACAUGGGAUGGGCUGAUUUAAAAUGACUCAGCAGGUUAGAAUGCAGAUCCAGACCCACAGUGUGAAGUCAGGGUGUGAAGGGCUGCGGUUCUGCUGACUGCGUCCUGGAUGCAUGGCAGCUCGUGGGAAAGAUCGGGGUGCAGGGAGCUGCAGCGGUCAGCGCUCAGGAGGUGCCCCCAGAGCUCCUUGCAUGUUAGCGUGACCUCACACUGCGCCAGGGCAAGGAUGUGUGGAGCGUGGGCCAGGGAAGCCCAGUCUUCCCAUGGGUGCAGAUCUGUUCGAUGGCCUCGAGGUGUGUGGUGCACAUGAGGCAACAAUCAUCUGAGGGAGGGCAGCCAGGGUAUGCGGGCUUUGAAGCCCUUGGCAGCCAAGGACUAGGGGGACAUGUAAAGGCACUAGGGAAACGAGAGGCACAUCCUUAGAUGUCUUGGCUGGUUAAAGACUUGUUCCACAGCUGAGGGUGUAGACUCACUUCUGCUUACUCUGGAUGGUGGUCGGAGGUUAGUAGGUAGGAGGCACAAAGGGUCAGGUGUGUGUGUAGAGUCUGAGACUCUUAUCGAAUGGCAGCCCAGUGACAGAAUUAGCUGCUUUCUGAAGGAGUGACAGUCUAGUCCUUGGAAGCGCUUACCUGCUAAGGCAUAACCACAGUUAUUCACGGAGUACUUCAUCCUGUAUCAUUUGGGCCACACCACGUCCCUGAGAGCAAGAGGUUAAUGGCCGCAUUCCACCAAUGAGAAAACUCAGGAGGGUCAGGAGCUCAUCCCGACUUCCUGGAGCUGGGACGUGCUGCUCCUGGUUCCCAGGGAGGCUGUCCUUAUACCUGUCCACUAGGUGGUCGGAGAUGCUUUAGAUGGGACGUCUGUGUCCUAGGUAGAGGUGGGAUGCGAUGCUGGAGACACCUGGUAAAAUGGUAGAAAACUGGGGAUUGAGGAGGUCUGAGAGGUUAUGGGGGCAGCGGGGAAGGGGGUGCCGGUUUCUGUUAGACAAAGAGAGUAGUUUCUCCAGAAGGAAGCUGGUGUGUGCAUCUUAGUCUUGGCCAGCAGAUGUGAAGUGGGCACUUUAUGAUUCGAAGACGGCUGUGGGAAGGUGCUGCCCUCACUGAAGAACUGAGGGGAAGGAAUGGGUGUAUCUGGUACACAGCCAUUUGCUUCUGCCCUGCCCUUUCCCAAACAGAACCCCCUCAUUCGUCAUUCGGGAUGGUGUGGUUGGGAAGGUUUCAACCUGGUGGGCUAAGUUUAUUGGGUUGUGAGGGUCGGGCAUCUGUGCGGAGGAUGAAGUUGGGUCUGGGGAAUGUCUUUCAAAUUGUCCAGAUUCAAAGCUGCAAAGCAGCCAGUUGCUGCCUGCCAGGUAUGAGGAAAUAACAGCUUGCCCAGCACCCCCACCCCCAACUUUUGUUUGGCAAGGAAAAAUAUUCCUGAACUUGAGACAGGAAUGUAAUUCACUUCAUGUUUCUGGCAUACGACUGCCGAGGUGUCAGAAUUCAUAGGAACAUUUGUGCACUGCCUUCUUCCCUUCUUGGAGAGCCUGGCUGUCUCCAGAAGACAGCUUGCCUAAAGGCCAGACCACGCGAAGUUUCAUUAGAAAAAUGUGAUGUCCUUUGGUUUGAGCAAUCUGCAUUUUUGGUUCAUAGCAGGGAAGGCUGGGAAUGAUGUCAGUGUCAUUAGUAAUAGGCUUGGGUUUUUAAAUAGUGAUCUUAUGACUUUGGGGGACCCAAAAUGUGCAUCAUGGACUCAACUCUUUAUAUAUAGAUUUGAUUCAUGGGGAAAAUAUAAAAGCUGUUUUGCCCACAUAUCUGAGAGGAAAUAAAAGAGACAAAAGAAAAUUUAACAAAUUUUUUUGUAUUUUGUUACUGAUUUGCUAUAUUAUGGUGUUUUCCUUCCAUUUUAUAGUGUAGGAAGUUUUUAAAAUUCUCAGCUUCCUUCUGCUACAAAAAUGGGAGUUGU